AUGCAUAUAGAGCCUGUUUUGUCACCAGCUUGGGCAUUUAAAAGCAUGGAAAAGACGGAAAAGUUUAGAGUCCUGCAGAAAGUGUUUAUGAAGUGUAACUUUAGGCAUGAGUCUGAAAUUCAUGGAUGCUUUUGCAGGUGGCUGGGUAUUGCCUCCUUUGGUGUCCCAGAGAAAUUGGGUUGUGGUAACCUGCCGCUGAAUGGUCACCAAAAGGACCUGUGCAAGAAGAAGCCCUACCUCCUGCACAGCAUCCGAGAAGGAGCACGCUUGGGCAUCCGUGAAUGCCAGAGCCAAUUCAGACAUGAACGGUGGAACUGUCUACUCUCUCCGGAUACAGUGCCUGCACUUUCCACUAAUCCUUCAUCCAUCUCCGCCCCUCCUGCUUUCUCCAUCUUUGGCUAUGAGUUGAGCAGCGGUACCAAAGAAACAGCAUUUAUCUAUGCUGUGAUGGCAGCUGGCCUAGUGCAUUCAGUGACACAUUUAUGCAGCACAGGGAACCUGACUGACUGCGCCUGUGAUUCCAUGUUACAAAACGGUGGUUCAGCCAGAGAAGGCUGGUACUGGGGUGGAUGUUCUGAUGAUAUCCAGUAUGGAAUGUGGUUGAGCAGAAAGUUCUUAGAUGGUCCAACAAAAAACAUCACCAGAAAAGAUAGAAAUGGAUUGAUGCUCAUGAAUCUGCAUAAUAAUGAAGCAGGAAGGCUGGCAGUAGCAAAACUGAUGUCCAUCGACUGCCGCUGUCAUGGCCUAUCUGGUUCUUGUGCUCUGAAAACUUGCUGGAGAACCAUGUCAUCCUUUGCAAAAGUUGGAAGUUUUUUAAAAGAAAAGUAUGAGAACAGCAUCCAGAUUUCGGACAGACGAAGACGAAAAAUACGCAGGAGAGAAAAAAGCCAGCGCAGCAUCCCAAUCCAGAAAGAAGACCUCCUCUAUAUCAACAGAUCGCCCAACUACUGUAUGGAAGAUCGCAAACUGGGGGUCUCUGGGACACAAGGGCGGGAAUGCAACCGCACAUCUGCCGGACCGGAUGGAUGCAACCUCCUCUGCUGUGGCCGUGGAUAUAACACACAGGUGGUGAGGCACGUGGAGAGAUGUGAGUGCAAAUUUGUUUGGUGUUGCUAUGUACGCUGCAGAAGAUGUGAGACUGUGACUGACGUUCAUACUUGCAAAUAAAAGUAAUUGCCUCAAAUAUCUUUCCUGGAUCCAGCGAAAGAAAAAUGAACAUUUUCUCUGGAGUCGAAGGUUGAAAGCUAUUUGUUUUUGUGGAAAAAGCAACUUGAUGUUCUGACCUAGGUUUCCCAAGAUCAUGAAGAAGACUCCUCAUCCCAAUAAAACCUCUUUUAUUUAGGUUAAAGUGAAUUCCUCUCCAGCAAAGUCCCAGUGGUUCAAGAGAUUUCACUACCACAGACCUUUAUCGGGCUUGGAGAGUUGCCAGGCUGAUAUCUUUCAAACCCUGCACAGUAGCAGCAAUUACUUGG